AUGGAGGCGUUUGUAAAACACAUUGCUAAGAUCUUUCCCUGCCGUGAUGCGUUCGUCCGGAAGCUUUACCAGUAUUACCGUACAGGCGAUCCGUUUCCGCCUGCUCUCUACAUAUACGGCCAAUCAUCCACCGGCAAAGCGUCGAUUGCGCGCGAAGUAUUGCGCAGCGAUGAAAGAGGCUUUAGAUGCGCACACAUCAACGCGAUCAGCUGUUACACCAAUAAGAUUCUGUUCGAAACCAUCGCCCGGCAACUGGAGGGAGCUGAGUUAACGCAGGCCAACAAUUACAGCUACGAUCGGAAGUUGGAGUAUGUGAGGGAAUUUUUAGCGGUGCUACAGCAACUUAACCGGGCCGGAUCGUACGUAAUAGUGGUGCAGAAUGCGGAACGGCUUCGCGAUAUGUCAUACAAUCUGUUGCCCAUGUUUCUGCAGCUGCCCGAAGCGACAGGUUUGAAUAUUUCCGUCGUGCUGCUGUCUUCACUGCCCUUUGAAAAGUUCUACACCAAAACGGGCCUACCACCGAUUGUGAAGCUGUUUGUACCGGAGUACACGCGCAACGAAAUUCUGCGUAUUCUUAUGAAUGAUUACACACUGCACCUUGAGCGACUUGUCGAAAACGGUGAGCCGGAUAAGAACACUAAUCGCAAGAAUCUGGAUUGGUUGUCCGAUGUGACGCUCGAAUUUCACCGAAAUUACGUUAAUUUGUUUCUCGGCACGUUUUGGAAGGUGUGUCGCGAUAUUAAAGAGCUUCGUCUGGUCGCUGCUGAAUGUUUUCUGCCUUACUGCGAACCGUUGCGAGACGGCACGAUCCCAGCAACCGACUCCAUGAACCUGUGGCGUAACAUCACUAAAACGCUGAAGAUAGCUCUCAGCACAAUAUACAUGCGGCUCGGAACACAGCUUACGAGUUCGAGCCGCGGAAUUAGUGCUACUACCUCAACCUGGAUGCCACAGUACAUUGAGUUGCCGUAUUACGCCAAAUAUCUCCUAAUAGCCGCCUAUCUGGCCAGUAACAAUGCAACGAAGGAAGAUAAACGACUGUUUGUGAAGAACCACGGUAAGCAACGGAAGCGCCUGCAGACGGUAAAUGCGCGUGCCAAGGUGGUGGAAAAGAUGACUACUAAGCUUGGCCCGAAAGCGUUCAACAUCGAUCGACUGUUGGCAAUCUUUUACGCCAUUCUGGAUGAGAAGGUUGGGCUAACGUGUAACCUGAUGGCACAGAUCUCGACACUCGUGCACCUGAAGCUGCUUACGUACACAUCCGUCGAUAGGGGUUCCGGAACGUUGGAUGGAUCCGUCACUCGACUGCAGUGUACGGUUGGGUUAGAUUUCAUCAUGCACAUCGGUCGGUUGGUCGGAUUCAAUGUGCGCCAGUAUUUGAGUGACUUCUUCUAG